AUGGAGCCAGCACAGGAACAAGAUGCAGGAAACCACACCCUGCUGACUGAAUUCGUCCUCUCUGGAUUGUCCAGCCACCCAGAACUCCAGCACUUGCUGUUCUUCACAAUCUGCUUAAUUUACAGCAUGACCCUCAUCGGGAACCUUCUCAUCUGCAUGGUCACAGUGCACCCCACCCUCCACACGCCCAUGUACUUCUUCCUCCGCGUCCUGUCCUUCCUGGAUAUUUCCACAGCAUCAGUAGUUGUCCCCAAGAUGCUGGUAAACAUCCUGUCCGAGGACAGGAGCAUCUCCUACCUGGGCUGUGUCACACAACUCUACUGCGUGGUUUUCCUGGGGGCCACGGAGUGGUUCCUGCUGGCAGCCAUGGCCUACGACCGCUACGUGGCCGUGUGCCGCCCACUGCGCUACCCGGCCAUCAUGAGCCGCCGGGCUUGCCUCUCCCUGCUGCUGCUCUCCUGCUGCAGUGGCAAGGUUGUGUCGGUGGUGCAGACAGCCUGGGUGUUCAGCCUGUCCUUGUGUGGGCCCAGGAGGAUCAACUACUUCUUCUGUGACAUCCCCCCGCUGCUGCUGCUCUCCUGCGCGGACACGUCGCGCUACGAGCGCCAGCUCCUCUCGGCCACGGUGCUCGUCAUCCUCGCACCCUUCUGCCUCAUCCUGCUGUCCUACACCUGCAUCAUCUCCAGCAUCCUGAGGAUUUCCUCUGCAGAGAGCAGGCACAGGACCUUCUCCACCUGUUCCUCACACCUUACUGUGGUAACGCUGUACUGUGCAAGUGGGACUUUGAUUUACUUACCAAAAUCCUGUAGUUCACAAGACACUAAGAAAAUCCUUGCUCUCAUAUACACAACUGUAAUUCCCACUUUGAACCCCCUGAUUUACAGCCUGAGGAAUAAAGAAGUGAAGGAAGUACUAAUUAGAGUGAUGGCUGUUUUGAUGAAGAAAUAAAGAUUUUCUUGUCCAUGAAUGUGUGGAUUAAAAACAUUAUUUCCAUUUUUUUUUUGUGAGUUCUAAUGGUUUACUAGCUCAGGGGAAAA